GCUGGCGGGCUUCCGGCCGACGCGGCGUCGUCACGUGGUGUCCGCGGGGCUAUAUCCGUCCCGCGCCGGAGGGAGGGGGGAGGCAAGGCGCCAUGCGGCCCCCGAGUCGCUCUGCCGUCGCGCGAGGGGGUGGAGGCGCGCGGUCCGUCAGGCUUCCAGCCGCCUUCCCGGGGUUCUAAAAUCUUGUGCUGGAAACUUUCAAGAUGAUUCGCGUGGACGAGUCAGAUCCAAUUGGCGAGCUCGAGCCAAGCUUCCCGUACAGAGAAAUCAUCAUGAAGCGAGGGCAGGAUGUUAAGGACUUCUUUGACCUGCAGUCGGAAAUAGGAAGGGGCAAGUUCGGCACGGUGUACCGCUGCACGGAGAAGCAGUCGGGGCUGCAGCUGGCCGCCAAGUUCGUGCCGACGGCGCGGCGCGAGGACCGCCGCAACGUGGAGCGCGAGGUGGACCUCAUGAGGACGCUGCAGCACCCGCGGCUCAUCCAGCUCUACGACGCCUUCGACAACGGCAAGAUGAUGGUGCUGGUGCUCGAGCUGAUAGAAGGAGGAGAGCUGUUUGAAAGAGUCAUCGACGACGACUUCAUCUUAACAGAGAAGGCAUGCACAGUAUUUAUGAGACAAAUAUGUGAAGGAAUUGAAUUCAUCCAUCAGAACAACAUUAUUCAUCUUGAUAUGAAGCCAGAAAAUAUAUUGUGCCUGACAAAAACAGGGAAUCGAGUUAAAAUAAUUGACUUCGGCCUGGCGCGGAAGUACGAUCCAGAAAAGAAGCUGCAAGUGUUGUUCGGAACUCCUGAGUUCGUGGCACCGGAAGUGGUUAAUUUCGACCAAAUCGGUUUUGGAACAGACAUGUGGUCCAUCGGAGUCAUAUGCUACGUGCUGUUAUCUGGCUUGUCGCCAUUCAUGGGAGAGACAGAUAUAGAAACAAUGGCAAAUGUAACCAUAGCACGAUAUGAUUUUGAUGAUGAGGUAUUCAAUGAAAUUUCAGAAGAUGCCAAAGAUUUCAUCAGAAAAUUAUUAGUGAAAGAACGAGAGGGCCGCAUGUCGGCCGGCCAGAGCCUGGCCCACGCCUGGCUGAGGAGGAGGCCGCCCCGUCGCGUGGACGGGCUGGACACGGCCAAGGACAACCUGCGCUGCUUCGUGGAGCGCUGGAGCGAGCACCCCAACAGCCCCUACCUGUUCGACGUGACGGGCCACACCAUCUCCCUGUGCGGCCCCACCUGCGAGGUGGACUCGCAGCUGUCCUUGCGCGGCUGCUCGCCGUCGCCCUGCGGCUCGCUGUCCUCGUCCCCCGAGUCCGUGGUGGAGGUGCCGCAGCCCCGGACCCCGGAGUUCAGGCUCCAGCCGGCGCCCUACCACCUGGAGAGGCUCCAGCACCUGGAGCGCCGCGCCUCGGACAGCUCGUGCCUCGCGCCCAACACCAGGGACACCGCGAGCCGGGUCAACCUCGCCGACGAGAUCCGCAAGCUCUCCGACAGGCUCUUCCAGAUGGCGGCGCUCCACUCCCCCGACAGCCCCCCCGUCGCGGCCGGCGGCCCGGUCUUCGUGUCGCACACCACCACCUCGUCGACCACCUACAAGCUCCCGCCCGACGGCGCCCGGCGCGCCAAGUUCAAGAUGUCCGGCCUGAACAGGGACGUGCCCCUGGGGCUGCCGGCCUCCGCCAGCAACGUGAUCCGCUUCGCCAGCUGCUCGUCGUCGGAGUCGUCGCAGUCGCCGAGCACUUCCCCCGAGCCCGAGGAGGCGCGCCUCACCAAGGACCUGCUGCUGCAGCUGCUGGGCGAGUGGGACAGCCGGGCGCCCGCGGCCGGCCGCCGCAAGUCCAGCAUCUCCGGCAGCUGGUCCGAGGACCAGACGCUCGGCCAGAGGACCAUGAGCUCGCUGUCCUCCUACAUGCAGUCCGCCAGGCUCGUCGACAAGAAGCUGCCCGUGGCCCCGCCGUGAUCCUGCGUGCC